AUGAUCAAGAAGAAGCCAUCGCGAUGGCUGCAAACCCGCCUCGCUACCACGAAACACUACUAUCAUCCCAUCUUCGAGGGUCCGGCUCCGACCGCUGUAGUCUUCGACAUCAUCAAUUCGGAGAGAAGAGGAAGCUUCGCAAGGGCGUUUGAUCGGGUGCGUUCGGUGAUGAAACGCAAGAGGAAUGCGACUUCGCCGGAUCUGGCCACACCAAUGGAGGCGCCACGGAGAGAGAGCGUGGAUUUGGUUUUGAGACCGGCGACUGCGAAAGCUGUUGCAAGAGGAGAACAAACGGAGAGCUCAGCACAGACGUCGGCACCGACCACAUCAUCGAGCACUCCGAAACGCACCACAAUGGACCUACCAAUCACGGUCGAUCCUGACUACGAGUCGGAGGAAGCGCUUCUCCCCAUGGUCGACAGCCGCUCGGACAUCAGAGAUCACCACAUUCAAGAGCUAUUCUCACGACAUGGGUCGCACGGGUCACAAUUCAGACCACACUACCGGGACCUGUCACCGGACCGGCCUACAAAGAUACGACGAGUUGAAAAGCCGAUCCGCAUCAGAAUACACUGGACAUGUCACCAAUGCGAUAGAAACUUCGGCCGCGAGCAGACAUGCGUGCAAUGCGGACACCAAAGAUGCAAGGAAUGCCCGAGACAGCCACCAAAGCAAGUGAGGGCAAUGCUGGACAGCGCGCGAUGCAGCAUGGAGCGCGACGAGCGAGAAAGACUCGGCUUGACAUCAGACGAGGAGGAAGCAGUGGCAGUCCGACCAUCCUCAACCGCCAGCUCGCCGGCCAUCCUCACUUCACCCAUACCCUUCACCUCCGCACCUCUCGACAUCGACUCGAGCACAGACGAACAAGAGUCGACCCUCGACCUCUCCUUCUACACCCGCCCACGUUCCGCACUCCGCACCUCUAUCCGCUCAACCCGGCAACCUCCAACCGUCAUUCACCAAAUGUGCCACGAAUGCGAAGCACCUCUCCUCUCCACCACCACCUCCUGUCCACACUGCAACCACACCCGAUGCGAGAACUGUCCCGCUCCAGCAUCACCCAACACCGCCGCCGCUGCAACCCAAUGGAUUGCCGCCCGUCGAGCCCUCACCUCCCGCAGCCUCUCCGCCGACAAUGCCCUCGCCGCAACAUCACCACCAAUGCUCAAAGCCGUCCGCCGCGUGUACCGCAAACCUCGUCAACGCGUACGCUAUAAUUGCGAGCACUGCGGGACAAUGUUCAUCGCCGGCGACCCGUGUCGGGAAUGCGGACACGAGCGAUGUGGGGACUGCCUGAGGGAACCUCCACGUAGGACUGCGACGAGUUUUGACCCCGAAUUGUUGGCGUUGGUGAAUGCGAGGUUAGCGGCGCAUGCGGCGAGUUUGACGCAGCCGGUGGCUUAG